AUGGCCAGCCUGGCCACCCAACCUCAACCUCAACCGAACAAAAACAGCGAUAACGACAGCAAUAGUGUUGCGGAUAAUGCCUCCAAGACAGUCCUACUGACCAGCCAGUCAAAGACAACAACCACUAUCGAGACGAAAACCACAGUAGCCUUCCACAAAAAAUCGAAACAACUACACGUCAACUUUACACCUAGAUUAUCAACGCUAGACCCCCACAAUCAGCUGCUCCAUCAAAACCCGCUGAGAGGACUCUAUGCACUCUUCUGGAUCCUACUUGCUUUCCAUAUCAUCGCCACCAUUCAUGCCUCGGGCUCUUUAGCCAUUCAAUCUCCUCUCGCUAGGCUAUUCUCUAAACAUCUUCCCCAACUUGCCGUCGUUGACCUUUGCCUGGUAGCCUCAACUUUCUCUGCAUUCGGCUUCGCAAAAUUGCUUUCGAACAGAUGCUUUGAAUACUGCAAUACUGGCCUGAUCCUUCAACAUAUUUUUCAAUUCAGCUGGCUCGGAGCUUGGAUUCUUUAUAUUUUUUAUAGAGAAUGGCCAUGGAUUCAAUCAGGAUUCUUAACACUACAUUCGAUCACCAUGUUGAUGAAAAUCCAUUCCUAUUGUGCGACCAAUGGUGAAUAUUCAGAGAAAUUGAAAACUUUGGAAUCCAGGGUAAAAGAAUUGAACGAUUCGAAAGUGAUCGAAUUUGAUGACCGACAACGAGAAAAACUCGACCGGAAACAACUCGUCUCUACCCUCGUAAAAACUGGAAUCUACGAAAAUUUAAAUCACUUCAUCGAGCAGAACAAACAACAACCUACGGAGAACUUAGAAUCAAAAUCUCCGACUGAGUCUGACGAAAAACGUGACAAAUUGGCGGACAAAGUUCAUGAAACUAUCGAUCUAUUGGAUCAGCUUGGGGCCAGGAAUGCUUCUGCUGACCAUGAAGAUGUUGAUGAUGAUCAGAAAAAACAUGAUGAAAAUCAAUACUCCUCAAAAUGCUGGCCAGAAAACUUAACCAUUUCCAACUUUACAGAUUAUCUUCUCAUUCCAACCUUGGUAUAUCGACUGAGGUAUCCCCGUACAAAAGAGAUUCGAAUAUUCUUCGUGAUCGAGAAGGUGCUUGCGGUCACAGGGAUCUUUGGUUUGAUAUAUAUGAUCACUCAAUAUUACAUCUGGGACCAAGUCACGAGUAUCAAAGCCUUCGAUCGAGACCAUCGAGCAUCGGCCAUUCAUCUCGUCGAUAACGUCAUCCGAUUGGUCGUCCCCUUUACUAUCAAUUAUCUCUUGAUUUUUUACAUCAUUUUUGAAUGCAUUUGUAAUGCCUUCGCUGAACUCACUCGGUUUGCCGAUCGGGAGUUUUAUUCGGAUUGGUGGAACUCCUGUUCGUUUGAUGAAUUUUCUAGAAAGUGGAACAAACCCGUCCAUCAUUUCCUCUUAAAGCAUGUCUAUGCCAGCACCAUUUCCUCAUAUGGCGUCAGUCGAUCGGCCGCUGCGAUCAUGACGCUCUUCCUCUCCAGCCUCGUUCACGAAUUACUGAUGGUGAUUGUAACUCGAAAAUUGAGAUUAUAUCUGUUCCUUGCUCAAAUGACGCAACUUCCAUUGACGUAUAUUGGAAGGUCUAAGCUUUUUAAGACCAGACCGGCUCUUGCCAACGCUUUCUUUUGGGUCGGUCUCAUUAGUGGUUUCCCAUUACUGGCAGUUUGUUAUAUACUCUAUUGA